GAAUUCCUGCCUACAUCGUGGUGCCCCGCACAGCCCCACACUGUAAGCAAGCUGCCAUCCGUGCCUACGGUGCCACGCUGGUACCGUGUGAGCCCAGCGAUGAGUCCAGAGCUGAGACAGCGUCUCGUGUAGUCCAGGAGACGGGAGGGGUGAUGGUGCACCCCAACCAGGAGCCAGCGGUGAUCGCAGGGCAAGGCACAAUUGCCCUGGAGGUGCUAGAGCAGGCACCUGAGAUAAAUGCAGUGGUGGUUCCCGUUGGAGGUGGAGGAAUGAUUGCAGGAAUAGCAGUUGCCAUCAAGGCGCUGAGGCCAGAUGUGAAAGUGUUUGGUGCCGAGCCGCGCAACGCGGACGACUGUUACCAGUCCAAGGUGCGGGGGGAGCUGACCCCCAACCGCCACCCACCAGAGACCAUCGCCGACGCCGUGAAAACCAGCAUCGGGCCGAACACGUGGCCCAUCAUCAGGGAUUGGGUUGAUGAUGUCCUGACGGUCUCGGAGGAAGAAAUCAAG